GAAAACCUCAAUCGGAUGGUAACUGAAAGUUUCUACUUGAAAGCCGAUUUAGAGCGAUGGUUGUCGCCCGACAUAAAGCGUAGCGAUUACUACGAUCUAAUGGACACUUUAUGGCGCCCAGUUGUCGAUAAAGAGUUGAGCUUUAUUAUAAAAUCCGCUGAUGAAGAAGCGACCAUUUUGGGAGUUGCAUUGAAUUUUGACGCUCAUGACGAGCCUGACUGUGUCGUAACCUCAAAGUUAUCCAUUGUGUUUGAAUUUCUUGAGUUUCUUGAGGGACCAAUCAGGGAAAACAAGCUGCCGCGUGGAAAAGGUAAAAUCCUCCAUUGCUACAUGAUGGCGACAAACGAAAAUUUGACUCCGGCGGAGAAUGUUAUCAUUAUGAACAAAAUGGAGGAAGAGUGCCUGAAUUUAGCGAGAAGAAAAGGUUUCAUGGGGAUUUUCACUACAAACACCAGCCCGUUGACUCAACAAUUGGGAAACGAUGUUUACAACUACGAAGUAUUAUUAGACUAUCAAGUGAAUCAGUAUGUCGCUCCUGAUGGCAGCAAACCUUUCGGAGAAGCUCCUGAU